CAGCGGAGAUGCAGAGGGCACGGCUAGUGCGCGACUCUGAGGUCCCUGGCACUAGCCAGGACGCCCUGGCUGGAGACAGGCCAGUGGAGGAGGCACCUUUCCGAAGGCUCUGGCCUUUGCCUCCUCGCUCAGCUGUGUCCACGCCUUGGCGUCCGUUCCAGGGCCAGAGGGUUCUUCCAGAGGCUGCAAACCCAGCAGAGGCGCUCUCACAGCCUGGGAAUGAAGAAAGAGUAGACGGUGCAGAAGUCGGUGUCGGUGUCGGUGACAGAGAAGACAGGGGCGACGACGGCGACGUCACGAGGAUGCUGUUGGCCGGUGCCCGAAAACCAAUGGGUCCGCCCGCUCAGGCCCCACAGCUUCCUCCACAGCCCGUGAUGCCGGUCCCGGGCGGCCCCGGGGCCUUGGCCCCCGAGGGCAACCCAGUGCUGCCUGCUUUCCAUCCGCCGCUGCCCAUAGGCGACUUCCGUGCACCAGACCCGCUGCCGGUACCUGUCCUGGUCCCGGUCCCGGUCCCGGUGCCUGUGGGGGCUCAAUCUGGCCAGUCGCAAACUCUGCAUGUGCUCACUUAUUUCGUUGACGAAGUCAUGGCUCAGAAUCCGGAACGCGCACAAGCAGCUCGGCAAGGUGACGAUACCCAGGCAGUCGCACCCGAGUGGGCGGCUGAGGGACCCCAAGCCCCUGCGGAGGCAGGAGGUGAAAGAGAGCAGGUUGAUGACCGAAGACGAAUUGACAUCCCCUUUGCCGGCCUGGGCCUGGGCUUCGGCGUCGAGGUUCAGGCAGGGCUGGAAGAACUCGUGGAAGCUGGCUGGAUGGGAGGAGAAGAAGGGGCAGCGGCGGCAGCAGCUGCAGCUGCAGUGGCAGCAACUGAAGGAAGAGGCAGAAAGAGAAGAGGGCGUCCCCGACGCCAGGAGCAGCCCGGUGGAGCGGAAGCGCCCGCGGCCGCGGGAGCAGCGGGGGCCAGAGCUGGAGUGGCCCCAGAAACUGGAGAAGCCGCAGCAGCUGAAGCAGCCCCAGAUGCCGAAGCAAACCCGCCAGAAGCGGCAGAACCUGGGCCGGCCGGCGAACCCCAGAAAAAGAAGCAGCACCGCUGCCGCACCACCUUCACUGCUCUCCAGGUGGAGGAGCUGGAGCGCGCCUUUCAGCAGUCUCAAUACCCAGACAUCAUCACCAGAAAAGAAUUAGCUGCUCGCCUGGAGCUGACUGAAUCCAGAGUUCAGGUUUGGUUUCAGAACCGUAGGGCCAAACUACGGAAGCGUGAGAAAAAAGAGAUGUUCAGACGCUUCUCAGCCUUCACCAUCACCCAGCCUAUAGGCUUCUACAGAGAUAUGCAAUUUCCUGAAAACCCCACGGAUGCUGCCUGGAGGGUCCAGCAUUUUGGCGCAGCCAUGCCACACAUGCCACCACCAAUGGCACCACCUAUGGCACCACCCAUGGUGCCACCUGCAGCACCAGCCGUGGCCCCACCCAUGGCCCCACCUGCAGCACCAGCCAUGGCCCCACCCAUGGCCCCACCUGCAGCACCAGCCAUGGUCCCACCCAUGGCCCCACCUGCAGCACGAGCCAUGGCGCCACUCAUGGCCCCACCAAUGGGGGCACCAGUCAGGGCCCCACCUAGGGCACCAGUCAUGGCCCCACCUGGGGCACCAGUCAUGGCCCCACCUGGGGCACCAGUCAUGGCCCCACCUGUAGCACCACCUGGGGCACCAGCCAUGGUCCCACCUGGAGGCCCAGUCAUCGCCCAAGGCAAUGUAUCAUCUGUUGGUGUCAGCAGCGUGACCUGGACCUCUAUGUUCGGAGGUCCUCUUUUAAACCCCCCAUUUGGAAGGUAUGGCCUAAAUUGAGUUCUCAAUAUCUCCUUCUCAUAGAGCACGGGCAAGGGUUUAUUUUCAAAGUGUGAGAAUCUCAAGUGCAUUUGAAGUUGUGUAUGUGUUGGUCUUUCUUUUGCAAUACCAGUGAUACCCCAAUAAUACCCUUAAUAAUACCCUAGCAAUGGUAGCAUAUUAACACUGAGCCCACAGGCCCCAUAGUACCAGACUGCCCCCCACCCUUUCACCACAAGCACAUGCUGGAUAGCUUAAUGUGCAGUCUCUGGCUAGAGACCUGGGAUUUUUUCUGCAGCUCUGAGGCUUCCUAGGCUCCAUAUGCUAUUGAUACCCUGGCUAUCAUGAGCCAGUUUUUGUUUUCCAUAGUUCUUUCAGCCAGACAUUCGGCAAUACAAAGCUUCUUCAAUGCAGAUGAAUGUUAGUUAUGAACGUAGUUGUAUUACCAUGAAGCAACUGUAACUGCAGC